AUGAAAAGGUUAUUUGGUUCAUCAUCAAAGAAUAGAAUUUAUGAACAAACGCUUGAUUCCUGUCGAUUUUGUGUCGAGGCGGCAUGUUUCCGAAAAUAUUGUAUGGUAGCUUGUGGAAAUAGCGUCUAUCUGUCAUCCGUUCCAUGGCAACCUUUGUUAAAAGAGCAUUGUUUGAUCGUUCCCAUUGCACAUUAUUCUUCAACUGUGACGCUUGAUGAAGAUGUUUAUGACGAAAUACGAAAAUUUAAAAGAGCUUUAGUUUCAAUGUGGAAAAAGGAAGAAAUGGAUUGUUUGUUCGUAGAAACAGCCAAAAAUGUGAAACACCGCAAGCAUAUGUAUAUUGAAUGUAUUGCGGUACCAAAUGAAAUUGGUGAAAUGGCACCUAUUUUUUUCAAGAAAGCGAUUGAUGAUAGUGAGGGUGAAUGGGUCGAUAACAAAAAGUUGGUGGAUCUCAGUAAACGAGGUGGAGACGUUCGAAAAGUUAUUCCGAAAGGAUUCUCGUAUUUUGCAGUCGAUUUUGGUUUGCAACCAGGUUAUGCACAUGUUAUUGAAAACGAAGAUCGAUUUCCGCAGAAUUUUGCUCACGAAAUAAUCGGUGGUAUGAUGAAUGUGGACAGAAGACAGUGGAGAAUGAAUGAAAGUCUAACUGCGGAGGAACAACGAGCAAAUACCGCAGAACUGAAACGUUUAUGGGAACCAUUUGAUUGGAAGAAAGAAUUUAAAACAGGCGGAUCACUCUUGCAGCUACGAAAUGCUCGAAAUUUAGAGUUGUCGGGAAAAUGUUCCACAUGUGAAUUAUCAUCAUCGAAUGUAACGCGAAAUACUUCUGCCGAGACGAUGGGAAAACCGUUACGAAUUGCAAUAUCAUUAAAUACAUUGCAUAACAGUGCUAAUCGUGCUAUCACUCGAGCUGCUGCGAUACGCAUUAAUGAUGAGUAUGAUGAAUUCGAUCAUACCCAAGCAUAUAUUGCGCGUAGAACAUUAGCACACGUACCCUUGUUGGCGGAAAACAAUGCAUAUCGAGUUAUUCUUCAACAGGAAAAAGGAUACAAUGAACUAGUACGAAAGCCUUCACAACCUAGCGAAAAUUCUCGUGUGGAGUGUCCAGGAUUUCGAAAAGUGCCGGAUUUGGAGCCACUUAGAGCUACCCCACGUCAUAACGCAGAAGUUUGUACUGAUGAAGCUUAUCUGAAACGACAUGAGAAAUAUGAAAAGCAAGAAAAGUUGAUCAAGCGUCGGGAUCGCAUGCGACAACGUGAGGAGCAAUAUCGACUUCGUCUCAUGAAAGUGGAGAAACCGGAUACUUCACCUGAGCCAAAAAUAGAAUCAAUAGAAGUGAGGUUAAGAUCAUUCUUGCAAGAAUUAGAUUUGCCAUAUAAUUGUCAACAGCACAGACCAUGUGGUAUAUUAAGUAAGCUUGUUCAAAUGGUUAAAAUUUUAGUUCAAAUUGUUGGUGUCGUAGACUGGUUUGGACACAAAGUCUGGAGUAAUUUUCUGUGA